GGGGAGAGGGGAGAGCAGAGAGGAGACAGGAGAGAGGGGAGAGCAGAGAGGAGAGGUCGUGUUUUUGCGAGUCUGUCUCUAGGGAAUGUUGGAGGUGACUCAUUUUUUCAUACUGAUAUUAAAGAGCGAAAUAGAGAAGUGAAAACACCAAGAAGAAGAAAAAAACAACCAACAAUAAACUCAGAGCCGGUCCAGGAGCUGGUAGUCUUUACUUUGUAGUUUCCUUCCUGUAAACGAGCGGCGGAGCUGAACGAAAAACACAGACAGUCGCCUCGACUCGUCCUGUCCAAUUUCGGUGAAGCUGGCCAACAAAUUCUACCGACCGCUUCGGGAAAAAAAAACCACUGAAGAGAAGAAAAAAUAAUAUCGAAUCAUGAGCACCAGGGAUUGCCGACCACCCCAAUUUUGGGAUAGUUUAGUUAAUGAAUGUGUUGCGCGUCAUUUUAAGAAAAAGGCGACCACGUUCCCACAACCCAGGUCCAGCCUCACGCCCUUGACCGUGGACCGGCCCACGUUGUCCGUGGAAAGCCCACUGCACCCAGAUCCGGGCGCGGCUCUCGUAUCGGUGGCUGUGCUGGCGUGCGGCUCCCUUCUCGCGAUGCUUGUGUGGCUGGUGAUGUGCAGGAGGCAGACAAGGAGACAGACUGCUGGCAGACAGAAUGACCCGGAAGAUCUAGCCAAGACUCCGGAAUUCCAACCAGGGGUCGUCGUCUCGGAUGAAAACGAAACUUCCUGUCCGCUGGUCAACGGACUCCCGCCGGGAACUAAAAAUCAGGAACCUCCUGAGGGGGCGUCCGUUACCCCCGGGGAGCCAUUUGUGUGCGGCACAGGAAGUGAGGUCCGUGUCGGACCGUGCGACGGCGGACUGUGUAACAGCAUCCCUCUUCCUGCCACCGAGUUGGGCGGUUCCGCUCUAGUGACGACCAAAACCGUUCGGAAUUCAGAAUGAGAGGGAUUUUUAUAUUUAUAUAUAUAGUUUCGAUUUUU